AUGAGAUUAGAACACUUAUUUGAACAUUUUUUCAUAUUUUUAUUUGUGUUACCAAUUGGUUCUGGUUACUGUGUUCGCUCUGGUGCAAUGCCUUAUCGCCAAAAUGGUGUACUGUCAUUUUUUAUCUCUCUUAUUGGCAUUUAUGCAUUAAACCUUUUUGGUAUUUUUCAUCCAUCUUAUUAUACCCAUCGUAUUCCACCAUUUUCUGUUCUCAUAGCAACACAACAAUUAAUUCAAUCAUUUCAACUAUUAUGGUAUGAAGAAGAUCGUGUUAGCAAUGAAAUAAUUAAGAAUGAAUCAUUCGGUUUUUCACAAGUAUUUGGAUCAUUGUGUUGGCUACCUUUUCUAUGGUGUUUACCAAGUCAAUAUAUGACAUUAAUCAAUUAUCCUAUAAAACGUAUUUAUAUAAUUUUAUCAGUAAUAUUAGCAAUUAGCGGUAUUAUCAUUUAUCGUGGUGCAAAAAAUCAAUGUGAAACAUUUAAAAAAUCGAGAAAAAAUAUGGAAUAUAUUCUAUUGAACGAUGGUCAAGUAUGGUUAACAAGUGAUUGGUGGAGUAUUUGUAGACAUCCAUGUUACUUGGGAAAUUUAUUAAUGUUUAUCUCAUGGUCACUUCCCUGCGGUUUCACUCUUAUACCAUGGAUAUUGCCUGUUUAUUAUCUCAUGGUUAUCUAUAAUCGUAGCAGAAUAGAAGAUGCACAAUGUAGAAAAAAAUAUGGCGCCCUGUGGGAUAACUAUUCAAAACAAGUAAAAUAUGCCGUCAUCCCUCGAUUAUUCUGA